AUCGUCCCACGAUAAAGGCGGGGCUAUUAAAAUCUAUGCAGACUUAUCGUGGGACGAUUCUAUAUGCGCUUGCGCUUCGCGUCGCGAGCGCGUGCCGCGGGCCCGCCGUGACCAUCUCAGGAACAGCUGGAGAAAAAGAAAGCAGUAUCAAAGAUGUAGACGGCUCUCCUUUCAACUCCCUCACCGCGAAAUACGGGGACGACAUCACCGACAUCACCGUAUUAUGUAGUGGAACCGACUCAAAAAACUUAAUCAUCGAACUUGAAGGAUCUAGAAACAAUGAGAAAGUAACUACGGAGAUAGUUAAUGAAAAUACUGUAAAGGUGACUUCGAAAAAUCUUAAUGUAUAUUUUUUUUACUUAUAUGCGUGUACAGAUUUGAAGAAUAAUUGUACUGCCAAACUACUAGUGAGUGUUAUACCUGAUUUAACUGUCAAAUCAGAUAAUGUUCGUUAUAAAAGGACGGAGAAUAAGGACACUUAUUUUGUGCCCGUUGGUGAAGAUUAUGAAGUAAUGUGCUCUGGGAAUGCAGCACUUGCCAUGGAUCAAGGUACAUUUAUUGUACGAACUAUAAAAUUAAAUGAAAACACUAUUGUGACGGACAAAGAAAAUAAAAAUUCAUCAAGAUAUUUUUAUUAUACAUGCAAACAUGAGCCCGAGUUUGGGCAAGCGUCUAUAGAUGUCGUUGUUGAUCAUCCUCCGGUAGCUAAGAAUUUCUGGUGCGUCCAAGACGAUCUUCAAAUAAAUUGUCAUUGGAACUCGAUAAGUGAUUACGCAACUUUUACUAUAUAUUAUGUAGAUCCUGAUCGAAAGUCGAUGCGGAUAUACGAGGAUCAUAUUGUUAACAAGAAGAAUAGAAGCAGCGAAUGGAGUAUGACCGAAAUAUGGCACAAUGGAUUGACGUUAGGUCAAAACCUAACUUUCGUAGUGCAAUCCUGCAACUAUGUAUAUUGUUCAAAUGAGACUUAUCAUAUUGACAGAGACUAUAUUAUGAAAACUAAGUCUCCCACUAAUUUGAAGCUAUUAGAAGUGAACUCGCAAAGUGCUGUUUUGACUUGGAGGGAACAAGACCCUCGCAGCCAUCAGAUUUUGCCAAAGUUUGAUUUCAAGGUGACAUAUCAACUGCCAGGACUAACUGAACAAGAGCUGAACACCUCAUCUUUGCUAGUGACUUGUAAGGAUAGUUUUAAAUACGAAUAUUAUAUCGAUUGUAAGGGGGAAAUUAAACUACCAUGCCCUGGUAAACUAUACAAUAUUAAAGUUUACAGUCAAUUUAAACAAACACCCAACAAAGACGUUUAUUGGUCUGAACCUGUCAAUAUUAAUAUACAGAUCCAGCUAGCGAACAACACGAAAUUAUCCCCUUUUGCGAAGACUUCAAGAUAAAGGAAAUUCGUAAAGAACUGAAAUCUAUCGAGCGCAAAGUUGACUUCAUUAAGAACAUCUGUCGAGAACAAAACCUAGACAUCUGUAACAUUUUGUCAACAGUUUGUUUUAAUAAUAGUAUAGAUGGGUUUGGCAAAGACUGGUUAUACGGGAGGGACUGGCUACAUCUGCUUUAUCUUGCUCUGCGACAUAAUCAAAUGGAGAAACUGAAUACGGACGAUGGCGUUGAAAAUGAUGAAAAUAGAGAAAAGUUGUCUGAAAAUACUGCAGAUUAUAAAAAAGCUCUCAAACCCAAAUAAUUAGCAUUAGUGAAAUU